AUUCGCACCUGGAUGGAUUGCCCACGUGACGAUGGGGCAACUGCUGUCGACCUGAACGAGAUUCAGGUCGAGGUACGUCCUCCUGCCGAAGAAGACAAGGCACCAUCGACGGAAGAGGAUGCUGAUGAAGAAGUGAAGGGUCCAUCAACAAAGGAUGCUAUUGUUGAAGAAGAACAAAAGGGUCCAUCGUCGACAGAGGUGGUUGCUACUGUUUCCUUAUCCGCCAUGACGACUGAAAACCUGCUUCGGAUGUUGGAGUGCGCCAUCUGCAAGGACUACUUGGCUACUGCCACGCAGACAUCGUGUUGUGGGACCGUCUUCUGCAAGCGAUGCAUUCGCACGUGGGUUCGAGCGAAAGGCACGUGUCCAGUUUGUCGCAAGAGUCAUAGCUUGGAGAAUCUGGUUCCUGCGCAUUACGUCCAGCGAAUCGCAAAUGAAAUGCGGGCCGACCUUUGCCCUCCAGAUGAAGAUGUGGACAUGGCAACGACGGACGUGGCGACGCCCCCUUUCCCCAACGGCGCUCAAGCCGCCCACGUCCAUCCCCCGAAUGACCCUAUCCUCCCCAAUCAAAGUACGUCAACUACACUGGCCUGGUCUGAUCCAUCCUGUAGACGCUCCACCAGUCGUUCGCCAUGUUCCUGUGGUCCACGAAGACCUUCCGCAUCCUCUUGACUUGCGCAUCGUUACGAACACAAUAGACGGCGUGAGACAGCUGGACAUUCGAUCAGGCCCGAAUGGGUCGUUUAUAUUCACGUGUCCGUUCACGAUCGGCGUCGUGUGCACCGCCGUGCGAAAUCGAAACGCCGUCGACCACAGUGUCAGAAUGACCAUCAAGUCGGCGGACAACGUCGUCGCAGCGCACGUGGAGCUGCUGCCUCACAGCAACCAGUACCUGGCCAUGGAUCACUGGAACCAAGACCUCGCCGCGAUCAGCUAUGCCGCCACCAAUCCGAUUGUGGCUGUUCCCUUGCCCGAAUGGCGAGGGCUGGAUGGCCCUAACGACAUGAUCAUGCGCGCGUAUGAACCACAAUCCCGCCGCGAUACCAUUUGGACCCAGGUCCGUCGACCCGACACGGCGCGCGUGUUUUCCAUGGUGGCCAAGUCCGACCCGUUUUGGAACUUUUCCCGGUCGAGGAAUUGGCACGGUAAGAAUGGCCGAGUGAGAGACGAAUCGACCACCCUGCUCGUCCUCGUGCGACCCACUUCCAUCGACGAGCCAAUGUUGACGCUGGCGCGCUCAGGGUCUGACCGCCAGCGGUUUUGGCUCGACUUUCUUGGCCCCAUCGCGCCAGCUCAAGCAGUUUUCAUUGCGCUCACGUGUCUCGACCGCCACCGCCGCUUCCUUCGAUCUCGCGACGACUCGUAACUCUCAACUGACGUUGUUCGAUCUGAGUGGCUGAUGGAACCGAAAUAAUGGGAUUUGAUUGGCUA